AUGUGUGUCAAGGACCAAGGCACCAGCCAGAAUGACUCUACCUCCCAAUGUACUCCAGAACUCUAUGUGGAUCAACAGAAGGUUUCUGGAGUAGAAGGAGGGAGUGUCACUGUCCGUUGCUACUAUAGUAAUUCUGGAGAUAUGAAGUGGUGCAAGAUGGGUGGUGAUUGUGUGAGUGGGAAUUCUGGGACUUUACAUGGAACAUCAGUGGCAUUAAUGCGGACUUGUGAUGCCAACAACAGAAAAGCCUUAACAGUGACUAUGAGUGGACUGAAGAUGGAGAACACUGACUGGUAUUGGUGUAGAGUUGGAGAACUAGAGAUGCCUGUUCACAUCACUGUCAGUCAACAAACUGCAACACAGAGAACCUCUAAGAUGACCUCAACAACCCAAGAUCCAACCCCUCCACAACCCUAUGCCUCUCCAACUGCUGAGCCUGUUCAGACUGACAACACAAGUCAAGGAGCUGAGGGGAACAUGGAGGAAGUCCACCAGAGGUCCAUAGAUGUGAAAGUCCUACUCAUCUCUCUGGGCAUGUUGGUGGUGGUGACAGCUGGUAUCCUAGUAACAUGGAAGAUGUGGAGAAGGCAUAAGGACAAUAAGGCCAAGGACCAGACAACUAACGACUCAGUGCCUGCUGACCCUGAGCAGGACAUUACAUACAGCACAGUGACCCACACCAGAGAAACAGCACAGCAGAGCCCAAACCCAGGGAGCCACCAUGACGUGAUGUACAGCACUGCGAUGCCUGAUCAGUUCAGGACAGAAGAGAAGGAUCCAUUUCCUGAAGCUGAGGAUGAUGUCACAUACAGCACUGUCAUCCUCCAGCACAAGGCCCAACUAAAAGGACAGACCAAGUCAGCAGACCCAGAUGAUAAUGUGGUCUACAGCUCACUAGCUCUACAGGUGACCACACAGCAGAGGGCAGCAGCACAACAGUGA